ACGCAGGGGGCGGGGAGGGGCGCGGGGCUGCGCGCUCGCCCGCGCUCUCUUUCGGUUUGGUCCGCCGCUGGAGGAGAGUGGACCCCCCCACUUUGAGGCUUUUUCCCCGGCGCCUCCCCGCCGCCCCCCGGUCUCGGCGCGGGGCUCGGGGAUGCCCGCCAGCAUGUUCAGCAUCGACAACAUCCUGGCCGCUCGGCCGCGCUGCAAAGACUCGGUGCUGCCAGUGGCGCCCAGCGCCGCGGCUCCGGUUGUCUUCCCGGCCCUGCACGGGGAUUCGCUCUACGGCGCCGGCGGCGGCGCCUCCUCGGACUAUGGCGCCUUCUAUCCGCGCCCCGUGGCCCCCGGCGGCGCAGGCCUCCCGGCCGCGGUCGGCGGCUCCCGCCUCGGCUACAACAACUACUUCUACGGGCAGCUGCACGUGCAGGCGGCGCCCGUGGGCCCGGCCUGCUGCGGGGCCGUGCCGCCGCUGGGUGCCCAGCAGUGCUCCUGCGUCCCGACGCCCCCAGGCUACGAGGGCCCCGGCUCGGUGCUGGUGUCCCCGGUCCCGCACCAGAUGCUGCCCUACAUGAACGUGGGCACGCUGUCGCGCACCGAGCUGCAACUCCUCAACCAGCUGCACUGCCGGCGGAAGCGGCGGCACCGCACCAUCUUCACCGACGAGCAGCUGGAAGCGCUGGAGAACCUCUUCCAGGAGACCAAGUACCCAGACGUGGGCACCCGCGAGCAGCUGGCCCGGAAGGUGCACCUCCGCGAGGAGAAAGUGGAGGUCUGGUUUAAAAACCGCCGUGCCAAAUGGAGGCGGCAGAAGCGGUCCUCGUCGGAGGAGUCGGAAAACGCCGAGAAGUGGAACAAGACGUCGUCCAAGGCGUCGCCUGAAAAGAGGGAAGAGGAAGGUAAAAGCGAUUUGGACUCGGACAGCUGACGGCCCCGGGCCGGCUGUGGCUCUUGCCUAACUCGAAGGACUUGCACAGACAGACGAUGCUACUUUCUUGCACACGCGCUGCCUUGCGGGAGGGGGUCGAGAAAGAGGAAAGAGAAGCUGUAAAUAGUGUACAGAGCCGGGAGGACCGGCGCCUAGGGUCCGGGUCGCGCCGGGGCUCGGAGCCCCGAAGUCCGAGGCCGCCGGCGCCUCGCUCCCCACCGUAGUAUUUAUAGUUAAGUUAACGGUGACAAUACAAUAAAGUGAUGGCGGUGUAGACGGGCCACAUUCUGUAUUUCGUACCCACCUCCCCCACCCCCAUCUGAGGCCCAAAAAAGAAACUUGCUUAGUCUUGUAGCUUGGCAAGAAAAAUCGGGCAGCUCUGACCUGUCCCGGAUAAAAGGAAAAGAAAAAGAAACUCGGGGCAUGACUCCCUCACAGGAUGGGUGUCCUGCUUUAAAAUCCAUGUCUCUAGCUCUCCAGGAAGAGGCAGAGAGGGGUUUUGCAGGCCUGCCGGGGGUGGGUAGCAUUGCCCACGAGAGAGGGGACAGCAUGGGCUUCCUAUUCCCCCUCUCCCCGUGGGGGAGAACCCGGACUUUUUUCCUCCUGGCUGCCAAUGGGAAACCACAGCGGGAAAGCAGGAUCCGCCAGGGAGCUGGGCGAUCCUGGGAGGCUCUCCAGACUGGCUCAGCCUGUCCCUGUUCCCACGAAAUCCCCAGACCUAAGGCUUCCAGUCCUAGGGUGGAAUUAGGUGGCGGACCUGCCUCUUUCCUGAUGUUUUUUCUGGAUCUUUCGUGGCCGCUCUGCUGCUGCUGCCGCCCUUCUUCCUGCGCACUGGGCAGCGUCACCUGCCCAGGCUCCUGUCCUGCUGGGCAGGCUCCUGCUGGGCACGGCUCCUGUCCUGCCUGGCGUCUCUAAGCUGAGAGUCCCAGGGCCCACUGGGGACGUCAGCCAGUGCUGGGCCCGUGGUGCAUUAGCCCAGGCAUUUGGGGUGGCCGGGUCUGCACCCUGAGUUCUGCCGGCCAACCGGGUAUUAGAACUGGGUAUUAGAGUGCAGGGUGGUCGCUGAGGCACUUAGAGGUGGGAGUGCUGACACCUUUGGCUUUCUCCCCUGACCAUCUUCCCUGUGCAUUAGUUGGGGCUGGAGGAAGAGCGUCCCCAGAGUGCAGCUGGUGGGCUGGUCAGCAGCUUGUGAGGGACUGGAGAGGCAGAGAAGCUUCCCGGUGCUGGUGCUGGCUGAGCUGAGUGCUUGGGACAGGGAUCAAGACAGGAGCAUGCAUAUUGUAUGGCUCCCCAGACCAGGGGCCAGGGCCGGGGGUGGGUGGAGACCAAAGGCCAGCAGGAAUGAGUUUUUAAUGCUUCAACUUUAUUGAUCUUACAAUAAAUCCAUUUUAUAGAUAAGGAAGCUAAGGCUCGGAGAGCUGCCAGGGUCCCAGGGUCGGCGGAUGUGUGUGUGCUCCCCUGGGGAGCAAUGAGCUCUUUCUGCCUUUUCGGGUGCCUGGAGUAUUUGGUGUAAGGACCCUCCAGGGGAGGUCUGUGCAUCCCGGCUGUGGAACACAGUACGUGCAGAAGAAGGGGUUUUUAUGGGAGGCGGUAUUUUUUUCCCCACAGCGUUUUCACGUUUAAAAGGUAAAAGUGACUCCUGGAGUGGGUGAAGGGACACUUAAGUACGGAGUGACUCCCAGUUACAACCUUUUUAAUAAGGAGUAUCCCCUAGAUGGAAGCAGGAGACAGCUGUUUCAAGGCCAGGUGCCUAGGGGGUCAAGGUCACCUUGGCUCAUGUGUGACCUUGAGGAAAUUACUGACCCUCUUUGGCUUUGCACCUUCUGGGACUGUAAAAUGGGCACAGUCCUAAUAUCUGCUUCCCGGGGUUGGUGUGGACAGAAAGGGUACUAAGUCCUGUUGAGUAACAGCUGGCAUGGGGGAAUCCUUCAACGUGGCUACCUGUUUUUUUAAAAAUAAUGUUAUGAUUUAUAUUGUAUCAGACCCAGCACUUCAAGAUUUAUGUACAUUCUCACCUUUCAAAAACUCUGAGGUGGGGAGUUUUCACCAUUUUACAGAGGAGAAAAUGAAGUUUCAGAAAAGUUAAAUACUUUAACGACGUUCAGCUUUAGAAAAUAA